AUGGCCUCCUUCUCGUACUCCAAGAUGGAUAUUUGCUCCGGAGCAAUGGCCGACCUUUCCUUUACAUUUUCUGUCGUACGCGUCGCUCCAAAAGCCGAAGAGGCCCACCAAAGCAGCAGGCAGUCACCAAUCUCUCGAUUACCUGUCGAACUACUGUGCGGCAUCUUCCAUAAAUACGUUGAAAUCCCUUCCGGAAAACCGUGCAUUGACCCUGAUCGUUACUCCACUGGACCGCGAGUAUCGCGUGCGUCGCACACGGACCCCAGCCUGCUCACCCAGAUCUGCUCGCACUGGAGAAGCAUCGCGCUCAACCUUCCUACCCUUUGGUCAACCAUCUUCAUCCGACAACCCAAGCAGAGCCAGCUCGAGCUUACCAGACUCUGGCUCGAGCGGGCCAAAGAGGCUCCGCUGAGUCUUGCGAUUUGGCAAACACCAGUAGCCACCGAGAUCGACGCAGAGGCGGCCUGGGAGAUUCUUUCGGAGUUCGUCGCAAGGUCCGACCAGUGGAAGAAGAUCGACUUCCAGCUCCCUUCCGCUGUUAUCCUCCCUUUCCACCAAAUGAUGCAAGACCGCAAGUGUGACAACCUAGAAUCGAUAGAUUUUCACGCCACAGAAGUCGUCCACCCCGGGUUAGUUAUGACAUCCCGGGAGAACCGAUGGGACGACCAACUAGAAGACUUGUGGAAGACCUUCCUCUCCUCUCCGUCGUUGAGUGAUGUCACAUGGCGUCGCCUUCCACCAGGUGGGCCACCGUCCGAUACCGUCUUCAGUCAUCUCACUUCAGUCAACAUCGCGUUCGACAUCAACGUGGACGACUUCCUGCGCAUUCUCUCCCUCACUCCUAACCUCCAACGAGCUCAGGUAGCUCUCGCCAUUCCUUCUUUGCAAUCCUCUCCUUCAUCUCCGCUUUCACUCAAGUCUUUACACACGCUGCAACUCUCGACCAGACUCAAGCUCUCAGAAAUUUUGCCCAAAAUUACUGCACCAUCCUUGACGAACCUCAACAUCGUCGUCGAUGAAUCCAUCGCGUCAUGCAGCACACUCAACCCGCUCCAAGAUUUCCUUCAAAGGUCACGUUGCCGACUGACGACCUUCACUCUCGUUGACAGAAAUAUCCCAUCCGAAGCUGUCGAGUCGUCCCUCGAUUUUCCUGAACUUCAGUCCCUUACCUACCUGCGUCUGGAGGGGAAGCUGCCCGAGAAGGCUGCCAGUCAUUUGCUCGAAACGCAAAACGGGUCAUAUACGCGUAUGCCUCUCCUUCAACACAUUUACGUUGGCACCGCUUGGGCCCGUCUGGUUUCGUCGCGUUGGCAUUCCCUUCCCCGUGACCAGCCCGACGACUGCGAGAAGAUGGAGAGGUUUACCAGGUGCUCCAAUCGGUUCCAUACCUCUAUGGACCACGAGUUCCAGGCGAUGAAGGAUAGAGAGCUACCUAUCUAG